AUGGCGAUUGGCACCAGUUUUGUCAUUACGAAAAAGGGCUUGAUGGAAGCUUCUGAAAGGCACGGAUUCGAAGGCGAAGGGUUUUCCUAUUUAAGAAGCCCAAUAUGGUGGGGCGGCAUAAUUACGCUAAUUGUUGGUGAGGUUGCUAAUUUUGCGGCCUAUGCAUUUGCACCCGCCAUUCUUGUUACGCCCUUGGGGGCUCUGAGCGUCUUAAUUGGUGCUGUUCUAGGGUCGUACUUCUUACACGAGCGGCUAGGGGUUCUGGGUAAACUUGGCUGUGCUUUGUCGCUUCUUGGAUCUGUUAUUAUUGUUCUACAUGCGCCACCCGAUGAAGAGAUAGAGACUAUUGAGCAAAUCCUGGGCUAUGCACUUCAACCUGGUUUCUUAUUAUAUUGUCUUGCGGUUGCGAUUUUUUCGACUGUGAUGAUUUACCGGGUGGCCCCGGUAUAUGGUAAAAAGAACCCUAUGAUAUACAUAUCCAUCUGCUCGACCGUUGGAUCGGUAUCUGUUAUGUCCGUUAAGGCAUUUGGUAUUGCCUUGAAACUUACUCUGGCUGGAAACAAUCAAUUUUCGCACCCAUCAACAUACGUAUUUGUCAUCGUGGUUGUUUGUUGCAUCCUCACCCAGAUGAAUUAUUUCAACAAAGCCUUAAGCCAAUUCUCUACCUCAAUUGUCAACCCCUUAUAUUACGUUACCUUUACAACAGCUACCCUUUGUGCGUCGUUCAUCCUAUUCCAUGGAUUCAACACUACUGAUAGCGUCAACACCAUUUCACUCCUAUGCGGUUUUCUUAUAAUUUUUGCCGGAGUUUAUUUACUGAACUUGUCACGCACCGAUCCUGAUGGGCACACAAUGCUCAACGCAAAACCUGAUGACGAGGGAGGCGUGCCCACCGAUGGGAUUGCUAGCAUUCAAACCCGGCGAUCCUUACAGAGCCGAAGAAGUAUGGAUCACAGGCGAAGCUCCUCAAGCAUCACCUACUUCCACGGGUCGGGUGACCGGGAAGGUUUGAUGCGGUCCUACGAUGUUGAAGCCGGCGCAUUUGGAUUGGAAGAUUUAGCCGAGGAGAGCGACGAAAACGGCACCGCCCGUAAAGGUAGUGAACACCCUGAACCUCAGGAUGUCAGUCCAAAAACAAGGGCCACGUGA